AUGAAAAAACCCUGUCUGCAUCAAGGAGGACCACUGGAGGAGGGAUCAGUGAGUCUCAUAUUACCCAAAGAUCAGCCUAAUGAAGAGCCAGAGUCUCGAGGCUGUUCAUCUUGUCAUCUAUUCCUGAUCGUGGGCUUCACUAUCUUCAUCACACUGGCCAUCACCACUGCUCUCUUAGUCAAGUUCCUGGUAUUCCCCUCUGAGUUGAGUAAAACGCCGCCUUCCUGUGGCGUACAAGGGAACUGCAGCAUCCCAGCUCAGGUGCCUUUUUUGUCUAAGAACCCAAUGGACCAGAUAGGAAACAUCAGUCAAGACUGCACAUAUGUCAAUGAUGGCCGGCGUAUUGUUGGGGGUUCAGUGGCAUCAAAAGACAUGUGGGGUUGGCAGGUCAGCGUGCAGUGCAGAAAGAGACACAUCUGUGGAGGUGCCAUCAUCUCCCCUCACUGGAUCAUCACUGCGGCUCACUGCAUUGUUGACACAAACAUUUUUGAAGUGGCUGACUGGUCGGUGGUGGUGGACACAGUCAACAUCGCAGACAACUCUCUGGGGAAACGUUACAGAGCACUGCAGGUCCUUUAUCACCCCCAGUUCAACACAAACACUAAUGACUAUGACCUGGGCCUACUGCGCACUGUCACUGACAUAGACAUGAGAGGCAGCAUGCGAUCAGUCUGUUUACCCCGCUCAAGUGAGUCCUUUCUUCCCGGAGCGGCCUGUUGGAUCACAGGCUGGGGAACUGUCGAGGAAGGAGCCUUUGUGUCCAAUGAGUUAAGACAGGCUCAGGUGACGGUAAUAGCUCAGUCUGUCUGCUCCAGCCCAAAUGUCUAUGGUGUGCUCCUAACUCCUCGAAUGAUUUGUGCUGGCAGCAUGGAGGGAGGGGUGGACUCCUGUCAGGGGGACAGUGGUGGACCCCUGGUGUGUCAGACAGAAAAAGGGGACUGGAGGCUAGCAGGGGUGGUGAGCUGGGGAGAGGGCUGUGGACGGCCCAAUAAGCCUGGCGUCUACAGCAGAGUAACUCAACUGAUCCGCUGGGCUGAAGGAUAUAUUGAGGAUCAAGCAAAGAAAUCAGAGGAAACCACAACAACCUUGAUUGACUCUUGGGGUGGAGCCAAUCCCAGUUGACACUGGUCGAGAGGUGGGGAACAUCCUGGACAGGUUGCCAGUCCAUCACAUGGCUGACACAUAGACAAUGAGACAAUUGACAAUAAAGACAUAAAUGAAUUGUUUCUGCUUGUUUCUACUGUUGAUUAUAAUAUGAACAAUUAGCAUUAUCGCUUCGCAGUUGUAUGCCUCUGCCAACCAGUCAAAUUCACGAGAAUGGGCACAGUGA